AUGGCGCCCCCGGUGAUCCAGGUGCGGUUCCUCGGAACGAGCACGACACCUCUGCCUACGCGCAACUACUCGAGCCUGCUGGUAAAAAUCGAUAAGCAUGCCGUGAUGGUCGACUGUGGCGAGGGCACGCAGCGCCAGCUCUUUCGCAGCUCGGUGCACGCCGAGACGAAGCUGACGCAGAUCCAGUCGAUCCUUAUUACCCAUCUGCAUCCCGAUCACAUCCUCGGCCUCGUCCCGAUGAUGUUUACCAUGAUGGGCCUCAGUGCACCUGCGGGGCGCGACGACAAGCCGCGCCUCGAGCUGUACGGCCCGCUGGGCCUGCGCGCGCACCUGCGCACGACGCUUUCGACGUGCUAUGCCACGCUGAGCUCAAACUAUGUCGUCCACGAGCUCUUGUGGCCGGGGCAGCCAGAGUACCCCCACGAUAUUCCGCACGGCGCGCCGCCGGUCUUUCGGUACGUCGAGGGCGACCAGGCGCUGCCGGAGAAUGUGCGGGGGCAGGAGCGCAUCCUCCCACUGAUGCCCCCGCACCCGAACGAGCUCCCUGGGCGGAAUAUCCGCAUGGACGAGGCGACGUGCACCUGGCCCGAAAUUGGCACCAUUGCGCACACCGGCAUCACGGUCAGCGCCGCGCCAAUUACGCAUCGCUGCCCUACGCUUGGCUACGUACUUACAGAGCCGCUUAGUGCGUCGCAGUCCAUCUCGCCAAGGGACCUCGCGCAGCUCGACUCGAACACCGAGGCACUGUUCGAGUCACAAGGCAUCCGCAAUCCCCGCGUGCUCUUGUCGGGUCUGCUGCGCAGCCGCGAGCCACUGCACCUGCCGGACGGCUCUGUGCUGUACCCCCCUCCUCUGGAUCGGCCGGGGCGCAAGCUGUGCAUCCUCGGUGACACGAGCGACGCCACGGCUGAUUUAGUCGCCCUCGACGGCGGCCGGCCGGCCGGCGCGCUGCGCGGCAUGCUCGACCUCGCGCGCGGCGCAGACUUGCUCGUCCACGAGUGCACAUAUGCCUCGAUGAGCGACGAGGAUAUGCAGCACGCCAAAAACACGUCGGAAGCGCAUGCAAAACGCCUCCAGAGUGCGCUGCUCGAGGUGGAUGAGGCAGAGACUCGCGCGCUCUCGCGCGGGCACUCGACGCCGCGCAUCGCCGGCUCGUUUGCAGGGCUCAUUGGGGCACGCAGAAUCGCGUUGAACCACUUUUCCGCGCGCAUUCCUGCCCCAAUUGUCGCGACCAACGCGCCGCUGGUCGCCGAGGACCAGCUGGCGCCGGGCGCCAACUACGACGAAUCGCUACAGCGUUUCCAUGUGAUGCGCGAGAUCGAGCGCCAAGUCACGAUGCACUGGCACAAUACCCUGCGCCGCGAGCACUCGGGCGCGCCUUGCGACGAGCGCGCGACAGCCGCCUACGACGGCCUCGCGCUCGACGUUCCCCCGCAGAAGCGCAAGGACCUUGAUAGUAUCUAUGACUACGAAGAGGAGCCGAGCGACGAGCAGCGCCUGAUUGAAGAGCGCCGCAAGCGCCGGCGUGAAAUUCUCGCCAAGCACCAGAGCGCACAGACUGGGGAUGCGCCCAAGGGCAACCUGCCGACCGACGCGCCCAAGGGCGACCUGCCGACCGACGCGCCAGCUGACGCGCCGCCCGUUUCGCCGCCCGCACUGGCACUGCACAAGAGUGCGCGCCAUGCCGAGGCGCUCGCAACCGACCAGCCGGCGGAGCAAGGUGCCGCGGCGCCCGACCUCUCUGGCAUCGAGGCGCCAAAGCCGGCGGUCGACGAUUGCGACGAGUACGUCGAGAUUGAAGUCGACGACGACGACGGCCUGGUCGACGAUAUGUUUGACCUGGAUGAUACCCCCAAACCCAAAAAGACGAUCCGCGUGCGGAAGGAUGCGGUUCCGACCAAAGCGCCCGCACGGACGGCGGAGCCUACGCAGACGGCCGUCGGCCUCCAAGACAACUGGGACGACCCUGAUGGGUACUACCGUGUGAUCCUUGGCGAGAAGCUCGACAAGGGGCGGUACCAGGUCUUUGCGAUCCUCGGCCGCGGCAUGUUCUCCGGCGUCGUACGUGCACGCGAUCUGCACCACAACAGCCGCGAAGUGGCAAUCAAAAUUGUGCGGCGUCAAGAGACGAUGUACAAGGCCGGCAUGAAAGAGAUCCACACGCUCGAGCAGCUAGCCGUGCAGGACCCCGACGACAAGAAGCACAUUGUGCGACUGUACGGCCACUUUGAGCACCGCGGCCACCUGUGCAUGGUAUUCGAGUCGCUGAGUCUCAACCUGCGCGAGAUUGUUAAGCGCUUUGGCAAAGACGUCGGGCUGAGUCUGCAGGCUGUGCGCACCUAUUCGCAGCAGGUCCUCGUCGCGCUCGCGCACCUGCGCCACGAAAAUAUCAUGCAUGCGGACAUCAAACCCGACAACAUCAUGGUCAAUGAGACCAAGACCCUCUUGAAGCUCUGUGAUCUCGGCUCGGCUUCGAGUACAAACGAAAUGGAAAUCACGCCGUACCUCGUCAGUCGGUUCUACCGCGCGCCCGAGAUCAUCCUGGGCCAGCCGUACGGAUGCGAGAUGGACAUGUGGUCGGUGGGGUGUACGCUCUACGAACUGGCUACCGGCAAGAUCCUCUUUCCCGGCAAGACGAACAACCACAUGCUGCUGCUGAUGCAGCAGCUCAAAGGGCGCCCUGCUGCCAAGCAGCUCAAAAAGUGCCAGUUUGCCGAGAAGCACUUUGAGGACAACAACACGUUCCUCAGCAUCGAGACGGACAAGAGCACCGGACAGGAGCUCAUCCGCCGCGUGAAUACCAGCCAGCCGACCGAGACGCUGCGCAUGCGCAUGCUGCCUGGCAACACGGCCAAGGAGCUCAGCGUCGACGAGCUCCGGCAGACGCAGCAGCUCAUCGAUCUUCUGAACCGCAUGCUGGAACUCGACCCAGCGAAGCGCAUCACGCCGCUCGAGGCGCUCGCGCACCCCUUCGUCCGCGCGAUCUAA